CGGAUCCUCGGACGGCUUGUCCAUUCGGCUGGUCGAGGGCGCGGCGACGGGCGUCCGCGGGCUGGCUUUUGGCGACGGGCGGCUGCCCUCCGUGGGCGGGCGGGCCUACUUCGAGGUCUGCUUGACAGAGCUCCUGGCAGGCCACGGCGACAGCCUGGUGAUCGGGGUCACGGAGAGCGCUGACUUCGAGGGGCUGGCGAGGUUGCCAGAGCGAGCCCAGGAGGUCCCGCACUCCUGGGGCUUGGGCUACGACGCGGGGUCGCGGAACUGGAAGUGCUGGAGUACAGGCGGCGGUUUUUCUACCAUCGAGAUGGGGGAUUGUUUAGUGCCGAUCGAUUGGGAGCCGCAUGACUUGCACGUAGGUGACAAGGUUGGGUUGCUGGUCAGUCAGAGCGGGGAAAUCUCCGUGCUCCUGAACAAGCGCACGCACGCGACAGGGCUAGACCGGGUCCCUCGCAGGCGGCCACUGUACCCGCUGGUCGAGUUGCGUGGUGGAGCGCGCGCAGCGUCGCUGCAGACAGGCGCGGAGCCUCCGUUGGGUGCGUUCGCCGACAAGCCGCUGAGCCCCCUCGUGAAGUUGACCGAAGGUGGACUUGUGGCAACCCACACGGACAACGAGAAGAUGCACGGUGUUGUGAUGGGCGAUUGCCCCAUACCUCGCUUCGACGCAGGUGCCUACUUCGAGGUCCGCGUGGAGGAUGUCUUGACCGGCAACGACGACGGGCUCACCAUUGGCGUCACCACCGUGGCCCCGGGAGCGCUGCUCGGGCAGGUGUUCGAGAACGCCGACGCGGUGCCAGAGUCCUGGGCCAUGGGGUUCGACGGGCAGGCCUGCGUGUCUGGAGAGGGCGUCGACGAGGACGAGGACAUGUUCGACAUACCGUGGAACCCGAAGGACCUGGCGGUGGGCGACCGCGUGGGUCUCUUGGUCACCGACUCCGGGGAGGCGCACCUCCACGUCAACGGCGAGGUGAAGGCCACCAUCGACGGCCUGCCGCCGGGCCAGCGCCCGGUCUACGCGCUGGUGGACCUCCUGGGCAACUGCACGUCGGCCUCCCUCGUGGUGGGCGCGGCGCCGCCCGCCGGCGUCGCCGAGGCCGCGGCCGUCGCCGCCCUCGUGGGCGGCCAGGCGGGCCCUCCGGCGGCGCUGUCCGGCUUCGCGCGGAGCCCGCUGUCCUCGAGGGUGCGGCUGUCCCCAGACAGGCUGCUGGCCCAGUACCUGGGGGACGCGAAGGCGGACUUCGAGGGCGUGGUCCUCGGGGAUGGGCCCGUGCCGCGGGUCACGGCGGGCCUCUACUUCGAGGUGCGCCUGGAGCAGGCGCUGUGCUCCUUCGGCGACGGCCUGGUCAUCGGCGUCACGCUCGCGCCGCCGGCGGAGGUGGAGGCCCGCGGGGUGAGGCUGGAAACGGCGGACGCGGUGCCCGACUCUUGGAGCAUGGGGUUCGACGGCAUGAAGCACAUCUCCGGGGAGGGCAUAUCUGAGGACGACGACAUGUUCCCGAUUGACUGGAAUCCGAAGGAUCUUCGCGCCGGGGACCACGUCGGCCUCCUGAUCACGGACGGCGGCGAGGCGCGGGUGUACGUGAACGGCGAGAAGAAGGCCGCAUUGGAGGGCGUGCCGGCAGACCGGCCGCUGUACCCGGUCAUCGACCUCCUGGGCAAUGCGCACGCAGUAUCCCUCCUGCUCGGCGCGUCCCCACCAGCCACGGCUGCCAUAGCGUUCGCUGCGAAGCCCGCCAGUCAGUGGAUCGCCCUCUCCAGGGACAGGACUCGCGCCGAGAACACCAACGGCGACACACCAGAUGACAUCGACGCCGCGGUCUUCCAGGGAGUUGUGAUUGGGGAUGCGCCAAUACCUCGUGGUCCUCAUGGCGCGUACUUCGAGCUGGUCGUGGAGAAGACGCGGCCCGAAUGGAGCGAGGGGCUCGUCAUCGGAGUCACCGCCCGAGCGCCCAGUUCCCUCGUCGGUCACGCUUUCAACACCGCCGAUGACGUGCCAGAGUCUUGGAGCUUCGGCUACGACGGCCAAGCGCACUUGUCUGGCGAGCACAUACCAGAGGACGAAGACAUGUUCGAGAUAGAUUGGAACCCGCAGGAGCUGCAGGUCGGGGACCGCGUGGGCUUGCUGGUGACCAACGAAGGGGAGGCCCGCGUCUGCGUCAACGGCUCGCUGGUCGCCUCGCAAGAAGACCUGCCAGUGAAGAGCCCGGUGCCCAUGGACCGGGACCUGUACGCCGUCGUGGAUUUGCUCGGCAGUGCCGCCGCUGUGACACUGACGCGCGACGCUGUGCCGCCGACUGGGGUGCUCGAAUCUCUUGCACCUACGCCGCUGCGAGGGUUGCCGACGCCCACCCUGGCGGGGUCGCUUGCAGCGGGCUCCGCGCGCCCCCAGGCAGACCUGCCCGCGCCAAAGGCCCCAGCGGCAGCGGCGCCCGCACCCACGCCGGCGCCUGUGGCGCUACCCGCAGCGGCGCCCCAGCGGCUUGCGGCCACAACGGCGCCGCCUCCAGCAGGCCCCCGGCCUGCGACUGCGCCGACGCCCGCUGGCAGCCUGGCGCCAGCUGCAAAGGCGCCCGCGGGGGGACUUCCACUGAGGCCCACGCCCUUGCCCGCAGUGGGGCCUCCGCUGGCGCCCGUGCCUUCCGCGCAGACGCCUGCCGCGCGCCCCACGCCGGCGCCUGCGCCCGUGCGUCCUGCGCCCGCGCCUGCGCCCGUCCGCCCUGCGUCGGUGCCAGCGCCCACCGCUGGGCUCCCGCCAGCAUCUGCAGCAAAUGCGGCCGCCGCAAGCCCCUCGCCGCCGCCCGCGGCAAAGGCGCCCGCCGCGGGCUCUGCGCCAGCGCCUGCGCCCGUGCGCCCUGCUCCAGUGCCGGCGCCCACAGCCGGCCCAGCGUCAGCACUUCCAGCGAAGGCGCCCGCCGCAGGCCCUCGGCCUGCAGCGCCCACCGCAAGCCCCAGGCCCAGGCCCCCCGCUGCAGCAACGGCGCCACCCGCGGGCCCGGCGCUGUCGUUCCACGCGGGCUCCUUGAGUGAGCACGUGCGCAUAUCUGAUGACGGCACCAGCGUCUGGCAUCUGGACGACCGCACGGAGCACGACCUCUUCGGGGUGGCAGUGGGCACCCAGGCACUGCGGCCGUUGCCCGACGGCUGCCGCUACUUUGAAGUGCGGGUGGACCGCGUGCGCCGGCACCACGACGGCCUCGGCAUCGGCUUCACGACGCUGACCCCCGCGGAGCUGGCGACCAGAGGGCCGCCAGAGGUGGCGGAGCCCGACUCCCUGCCGGUCUGGGUCGCGGGGUAUGACGGCAUCUUCUGGGGCAGCAAUGCGGAUGAGCAGCCCGAGCAGUUCGUGUGGAAGCCCGGGCGCCUCGAGAGGGGGGACCGCGUGGGCUUCCUGAUCGGCGGCGCCAUGGUGCAGGUGUUCCAGAACGGCGCCCUGGUCCUCGAGGCCCCCGACGACGGCCUGCCCGGCGACGGCACGCCCGCGUACCCCCUGGUCGACCUGAUCGGGAAGGUGCAGGGCGUCUCCUUCCUGCCAGGCGCCUCCCCGCCGGCCAGCAGGCUGGAUCCCGCGCGUGCGGCGCCGGGGCCGCUGACAGGCUGGGACCCGGAGUUCCUGAGCUCGCAGGUGGCCCUGCGGCCGGGCGAGAAGGGCCCUCGCGCGGGCCUCAGGCACAAGGACCCGUCGGGCGAGGCCAUGUUCGGCGUCGCCUUCACCGACGCGCCCCUGCCGAUCUUUGCCGACGGCGCGGCUUAUUUCGAGGUGGAGGUCUUGGAAGUGCGGAGGGGCCACCGCGACGGCCUCACCAUUGGGGUCACUGCCACGCGGCCGCGAACUGUGAGACCGUUGCCAAUGACAGCCGACACGGUAGAGCACUCCUGGAGCCUCGGCUUCGAUGGCAGCGCCAAGGUGCCAGAGCAGCCGGAUUUCGUGCAGUUGAGUUGGAACCCGUCCGAGCUACAGCAGGAGGAUUCCGUCGGCCUCCUCGUGACCCCCGACGGCAAAAUCUUCGUCACGGUCGACGGACAGAUCAAGGCCCAGUCGCCAUCUCAGACGAGAGCUCACACGGACGCGCCUCUGUACGGUUUUGUGGAUCUCUUGGGCAACACCGUGGCGGUCGAACUGGUGGACCCGCCCCCGGGCGCGGUGGAGGACCUCCUCGACGAGGCAAGCGUGUGGCGCCCUCCAGGAGGCCUGCUGCAGGCUCUGAACGUCUUCGACGCCUGGUGA